GUCUAAACAAUCUGCUGAUCUUUAAACUUUUGAAAAUCAAAUAAAUUAACUCACUCCAAUUCUCUCCCCGCUUCGACGAGAUCGCGGAGGAUUAACAAAGAAUCAGUAACGAUAUCAGCUUCAUUCCAUGGCACCCAGAUGGAAAUGGAAAGGUGCUGAAGCCAAAGCUCUUGCGGAACCAAUUUCAAACUCAGUCUCAGAGCUCCAACUCUCUCUAGCCAAAACAGAGACAUCCGGUUCCCUCUCGAGUUGCAACGUGCUUCUAGCCGUUGAGCCGGAGCAAGCUGAACUACUCGACCGCUGUUGUUUUGGCAGACUCGUCCUAUCCGCUGAGAAAGACAAGAAAUGGAUUCAGUUAUCCUUUGAAGAAGCUUUCUAUUUGCUUUACAAUCUCAAAUGCAUCAAAAUCUACCUCCAAGGCCGUUGCUUGGAGAACGAAGUCGACACAUGGAUGUACAUGAAAUCACAAAGACCAAACUUCCCGAUAUUUUUCAAAGCUUAUUCACAUUUACGGUCCAAGAACUGGGUCUUGAGGUCAGGGUUGCAGUACGGUGUGGAUUUUGUGGCAUACCGUCAUCAUCCAUCUCUUGUCCAUUCUGAAUACUCUGUGUUGGUUCAGUCUGGUGAUAGUAAUCGGUUAAGAGUGUGGUCAGAUGUCCAUUGUGCUGUUCGGUUAAGCGGGAGUGUUGCCAAAACGUUACUGACUCUCCAUGUGAGUGGUAGCUCUAAUAAAGAAGAUUUGAAACUACCUAUGUGUUUGGAGAACUACAAAGUGGAAGAGCAAACUAUUUGUAGAUGGAGCCCAGAACUCAACCGUGAAGAUGAAACCACAAAUCCAAAACCAAAUGCUACCACUGUGAGUGAUUUGAAAUCUCUUUGAUGAACCUCUCCUGGUUAACUGAGUACUCCAUGUCAAUCUCUUAAACAAUUGUUUUCAAUUAUAUUUGAUAUUGAGAUACACAACAUUUUACUUUCUUCGGGGAA